CCGCUGGAGAACCUGGAAGAGGAGGGUUUGCCCAAGAAUCCGGACCUACGCAUCGCGCAGCUGCGCUUCCUGCUCAGCCUGCCGGAGCACCGCGGGGACGCGGCCGUGCGCGACGAGCUGAUGGCAGCCGUCCGCGAUAACAGUGAGGCCGGCGCGAGAGCCGAGUCAGCGGCCUAGGCCUGGGCAGCCCCGCGCUCCCGAGCCUGCGGGGUUUUCCACAACGGGGCUCGCGACCCCGGGGCGCCCCUGCGACGGGGUCCCCGAGACCAGACCUGGCCUUUGCGCCCCUCGGGGCUUUCCUUUUGUCGGGGGCGCCUUCUGGGACCUCCAGCCUUGCCCUCAGAGACAUGGCUCCUUAUUACGAAGCCUUGUGCAAAUCCCUUGAGUGGCAGAUGGACGUGGACCUGCUCAGUAAAAUGAAGAAGGCAAAUGAAGACGAGUUGAAACGUCUGGACGAGGAGCUGGAAGAUGCGGAGAAGAAUCUGGGAGAGAGCGAAAUCCGAGACGCGAUGAUGGCAAAGGCCGAGUACCUCUGCCGGAUAGGUGACAAGGAAGGUGCUCUGACAGCCUUUCGCAAGACAUAUGACAAAACCGUGGCCCUGGGUCACCGACUGGAUAUUGUGUUCUAUCUCCUUAGAAUUGGCUUAUUUUACAUGGAUAAUGACCUCAUCACACGGAACACAGAAAAGGCCAAAAGCUUGAUAGAGGAAGGAGGAGACUGGGACCGGAGAAACCGCCUAAAAGUAUAUCAAGGUCUUUAUUGUGUGGCUAUUCGUGAUUUCAAACAGGCAGCUGAACUCUUCCUUGACACUGUUUCAACGUUUACAUCCUACGAACUCAUGGAUUAUAAAACCUUUGUGACUUACACUGUCUAUGUCAGCAUGAUUGCUUUAGAAAGACCAGAUCUCAGGGAAAAGGUAAUUAAAGGAGCAGAGAUUCUGGAAGUGUUGCACAGUCUUCCGGCAGUUCGGCAGUAUCUGUUUUCACUCUAUGAAUGCCGUUACUCAGUUUUCUUCCAAUCAUUAGCUGUUGUGGAACAGGAAAUGAAAAAGGACUGGCUUUUUGCUCCUCAUUAUCGAUACUACGUGAGAGAGAUGCGGAUUCACGCAUACAGCCAGCUGCUCGAGUCAUACAGGUCAUUAACCCUGGGCUAUAUGGCAGAAGCCUUUGGUGUUGGUGUGGAGUUCAUUGAUCAGGAACUCUCCAGAUUUAUUGCUGCUGGGAGGCUACACUGCAAAAUAGAUAAAGUGAAUGAAAUAGUGGAAACGAACAGACCUGAUAGCAAGAACUGGCAGUACCAAGAAACUAUCAAGAAAGGAGACCUGCUAUUAAACAGAGUUCAAAAACUAUCCAGAGUAAUUAAUAUGUAAGAAAAAAAAACCUCAUACACCAAGGAUUUCCUGUAGCGGUGCUUACUUUACUUUGUGCCCAGUUGAACUGUAUAAAAUAAAUACUGCAUGGUUUCUUUCAGUUUA